CUAUCAGCCAUAGAAAUCUUACAUCAUUCGUAUAGUUAAGAAAUGCUAAGUGGUUAAUACAUGCUAAGUAAUUAGUGUUAAAAUAAGUUUAGGUAUUGGAACACUCUUUCUCUCCCCUUCUGUUUUCUUAAUGGAAAGAGCAGCCUUGAAAAGCAAGUCUAAAGUUCUCUCUUUUUAGAAUUUUCUAUAUUCCACACUAACCUACAUGUCAUCUAUAUCCCAUAUUCAUUAUAAUUUCGGUAUUCCAUUCAUAUAUUUAAAAAUUGUCAUCAUCCAAAAUCCAAAUCCGUGUCUGCAACUUGCGAGCUGGCUAGUGGAAUGAAAGGUUAAAUUGGGUUUUGGCUAUGGCUAGUGGACAGGAUUGGGGACACUCCUCUUCCAAAUAAAAAUAAUGGUUAAAGAGUUUCAGUACUUAUUUUCUAUAUAAGCACACCCAAAUUUGCAGUAUUCUACCAAAAUAUCACUUCUCUCCAUUAUUGCAAAAACCAUGGCUAAGAAUUACAUUAUUAUUCCUUUUUUUCCUUUGAUUUUGUUUACUACUACCUUCUCCCUCUUCCUCCUGACAUUAUCACAAAGUGAAACUUAUAUUGUCUAUAUGGACUCAACAGCCAUGCCUAAAGCCUUCUCUACCCAGCAUAGCUGGCAUUUGGCUACUCUUUCUUCUGUUUUUGCAGACUCUAAAGCUGCAAGUUCUAAUUCUAAACUUCUGUACAGUUAUACACAUGUUAUGAAUGGUUUUAGUGCUCAUCUUUCUUCUUCUGAGCUUGAGGCCUUGAAAAAUUCUCCAGGUUACAUUUCUUCCACUAAAGACCGCCCUGUUAAACCUGACACUACCCGUUCGCCUACAUUUCUUGGCCUUACUUCCAACUCCGGAGCUUGGAAGGUUUCAAAUUACGGAGAAGAUAUAAUUAUUGGAGUGGUGGAUACUGGUGUUUGGCCUGAAAGUGAAAGUUUCGGUGACAAAGGAAUGCCUAAAAUUCCAAAAAGAUGGAAAGGAAUAUGUGAAAGCGGUCAACAAUUCAACUCCUCAUCUUGCAACAACAAACUAAUCGGAGCUCGCUUUUUCAACAAAGGACUACUUGCUAAAUGGAAUGUUUCUAUAUCAGUGAACUCUGCGCGUGACAACGUUGGCCACGGGACCCACACAGCCAGCACAGCGGCUGGGAAUUUUGUCCAAAACGCGUCAUAUUUUGGGUAUGCUACGGGAACGGCCGUUGGAGUGGCUCCCCGCGCUCAUUUAGCUAUAUACAAGGCCCUUUGGAGAGAAGGCUCUUUUGAAUCUGAUAUAAUUGCUGCAAUUGAUCAAGCAAUUAUUGACGGAGUUGAUGUCUUGUCUAUUUCAUUAGGCUAUGACGGGUUUCCAUUGUAUGAAGAUCCUAUCGCCUUGGCUACAUUUGCAGCUAUAGAGAAGAAUAUUUUCGUGUCAGCUUCUGCUGGAAAUAAUGGACCAUUCCACGGAUCACUUCAUAAUGGCGCGCCUUGGGUGCUAACAGUUGCUGCUGGUACAAUAGACCGCGAAUUUGAAGCUGUUUUGACACUCGGCAAUGGAGUGUCACUUACCGGCACAGCUCUUUAUCCAGGCGGUUAUGCUUCUAGACCAACUGCAAUUGUUUUUAGAGGCGAAUGUUUCACACAGGAGGAAUUAUCUGAUAUUGAGCAAAAGAUUGUGGUUUGCCAAGAGGGAAAUACUUCUCUAGAAGACCAAAAAGAGAAUCUCAGCAUUAAAAAUAUCACUGGAGCUAUUUUUAUACCCAAAUAUUUCGUUGACAUAGAAGAUUUCAUUCCAAGCGAAUUUCCAGCAAUAUUUAUGUCACCAAAAGAUGGAGAAACAAUAAAAACUUACAUAAAGAGCAGCAAAAAACCAGUAGCAACUGUGGAGUUCAGAAAAACAAGAUUAGAUAUUAAAGGAGCUCCAAGUCUUACUAGUUACAGCUCUAGAGGACCAUUUUUAAGCAGCCCAACUGUGAUGAAGCCUGAUAUUAUGGCUCCUGGUUCUUUAAUAUUAGCUGCAUGGCCUGAAACUUCAGCAGUGGAAUCAAUCAAUGCUGAAGGAAUAUUCAGCAACUUCAAUUUAGAAUCUGGAACUUCAAUGGCUUGCCCACACGCAGCAGGAAUCGCAGCACUUGUAAAAAAGGCACAUCCAGAUUGGAGCCCUGCAGCUAUCAGAUCAGCUAUGAUGACAACUGCUGAUACUACAGAUAACACGCUUGGGCCUGUAAGAGAUAUUGGAUUUAAAAACGCACCAGCAACUCCUUUAGGAAUGGGAGCCGGUCAGGUUAAUCCAAACAAGGCGUUGGACCCUGGACUUGUUUAUGACGUUAAUACAUCUGAUUACGUCAAGCUUCUCUGUGCAUUAAAUUUCACCCAAAAGCAAAUUCAAAUUAUCACGAAAACAGCUAACAACGAUUGCUCAUCUCCUUCCUUGGAUCUGAACUAUCCAUCUUUUCUUGGAUUCUUUAACAACGAAUCAGAACCUAAUCCAAGAAAAGUUGUAGAAUUUCAUCGAACAGUUAUGAAUGUAGGAGACGCAGCUGCAACUUAUACUGCGAAAUUGACACAGUUGAAUCAUGGAUUGAAUGUGACUGUUGUGCCAAACAAGUUGGUGUUUAAAAGCAGGAACCAGAAGCUAAGUUUCAAAUUGGUGAUAGAAGGUCCAAGAAAAGUGGAUGAAGAUAUAGUAUUUGGGUAUCUCAGUUGGGUUGAAUCUAAUGGCAAACACAUUGUCAAGAGUCCCAUAGCGGUAACGAGCUUGAAUUUGGAGUAUAUGAUAAUGGGGCCUAAUUAGAGGUUCUAACACCUGAUUUAUAUAACUAUACUUUUAGCAGUAAAUUCAAUAAAAUUUUCCUUUCUGAGCUAAACAGUUUGUGGAGAUUUCCACUUGUCUGAAUCUGAAUCUGAAUCUGAAUCAAAGGACAUUAUACGUA